AAAAAAACAGAACAGUAAGGGUUAGGGCUUCCCUUGCCCGAGCAGAGGGACGGAAGGAGACGCUGAGAGAGAGAGAGAGAGAGAGAGAGAGAGAGAGAGAGAGAGGGAAGGGGACGCUGAGAGAGGGAGAAGGAGACGUUGGGUCAGAGCAGGUAGGUGCACUUUCAAUGCAGCUGCGUUUCCACCACCCUCUCCCAAUUUCCAAAUGGAUAGUCGUUGCCUGUAAGAAAGUAACCUGUGACUUGAAAAACACCUAAUUCCUCUGUAACAUUUCUUGCAAUCUUACCUGAUAGAAAGUUACAUGUUGAGACUUUGUUACCUGUAACAUUUCUCCCCAAACACAAACUGUAAGAAAGUCACCUGUAACUUUCUUACAUUUUACACAAGUUAUAGGCAUCCAAACGGCCCCUUUAAUGCACUCAAGAUGGCCCACCUCUCUCCAUCCAAACCUCUCCAAUCUCCUCCCAUUGUCAACCCUCCAAACCCCAACAAAGGGCCCCACCUUCAGAAAAUGCAUUGCCCUCCUCCAGACCCAAAAAUCCUACCCCAAAAUCAUCCAAAUCCAUGCAUGGUCCAUAAGACAUGGCAUCCCCAUCACAGACCCAUGCAUGGGCAAGCAUCUCAUCUUCUCCCUAGUCUCCAUCUCAGCCCCCAUGCCAUAUACCCACACCAUCUUCACCCACAUCCAUGGGCCCACCAUCUUCACAUACAACACCAUGAUCAAGGGCUAUGCUGAAAGUGACACCCCACAUCAUGCCAUGCAUCUGUACCACCAUAUGCAUGCAUUGUCCAUCCUCCCUGACACCCAUACAUACCCCUUCCUCCUCAAGGCCAUAGCCAAGCUGAUGGACACACGUGUGGGUGAGAUGGUCCACUCCCAAACCAUCAAACAUGGGCUUGAUGGAUUGGUGUUUGUACAAAAUUCAAUGGUCCAUAUGUAUGCUACGUGUGGGCUUGUGGAGAAUGCCUACAAGGUGUUUGAGAUGGUACCUGAAAAGGGCCUUGUGACAUGGAAUUCUCUCAUCAAUGGGUAUGCUAUCAAUGGCAGACCCAAUGAGGCACUGACCCUUUAUAGGGAGAUGGGCCAUCAUGGGGUGGCCCCAGAUGGGUUUACCAUGGUCAGCUUGAUGUGUGCUGGUGCUGAGCUGGGGGCCUUGGCAUUGGGGAGGAGGGCUCAUGUGUAUGUUUUGAAGGUGGGGUUGAUUGGGAACUUACAUGUGGGCAAUGCACUCAUUGAUUUGUAUGCUAAGUGUGGGGCCAUCAGGGAGGCCCAUUGGGUGUUUGGUGAGAUGGGGUCCCGGAGUGUCGUGUCAUGGACGUCGUUGAUCGUCGGGUGGGCCUUGAAUGGGUAUGGCGAGGAUGCGCUGAAGCUGUUUGGGUGCAUGGAGAGGGAGGAGCUGGUGCCUACUGAGAUCACCUUUGUGGGUGUAUUGUAUGCCUGCAGCCAUUGUGGCUUGGUCAGUGAAGGGUUUGAAUACUUCAAUAGGAUGAGGGAUGUGUAUGGACUGGUACCCAAAAUAGAGCAUUAUGGUUGCAUGGUUGAUUUGUUGGGCAGGGCUGGGAUGGUCAAUGAGGCUCAUGAAUUUAUUAGCAAAAUGCCACUGGAGCCCAAUGCUGUGGUGUGGAGGACCUUGUUGGGCGCUUGCGCCAUGCACGGCCACGUUGCAUUGGGUGAAAUUGCACGGUCACGGCUCGCUGAAUUGGACCCUGGCCACUGCGGCGACUAUGUGCUCUUGUCUAAUCUAUAUGCUUCCGAUGGAAGGUGGCUCGACGCGCAAGGGGUCAGGAAGACCAUGUUCAGGAAAGGGGUGCGGAAGGCCCCUGGCCAUAGUUUAGUUGAGGUGGGGAAUUGCGUCCAUGAGUUUGUGAUGGGAGACCGGUCCCACCCACAGAAGGACGAGAUAUAUGCAAUGUUGGAGGAGAUCACUAAGCUGUUGAAGCUGCAGGGCUACAUGCCACGCACUUCGAACGUGCUGGUUGAUAUAGAGGAGGAGGAGAAGGAGAAGGCACUCUGCUACCAUAGUGAGAAGUUGGCUAUAGCUUUCGCUCUCAUUAGCACGCCCAGUGGGACGGCCAUCACAGUGAUCAAGAACUUGAGGGUGUGCGUGGAUUGCCAUGUGGCGACCAAGAUCAUAUCUAAGGUGUUUGAUAGGGAGAUCAUCGUUAGAGACCGCAGCCGAUUCCAUCAUUUUAGAGAUGGGUCUUGUUCUUGUAAGGAUUACUGGUGAAGUGCCCACAUUUAUUAUGGGCUUAACUGACAUUUCAGUUAGCUUUACAUUACUGAAGAAAUACCAUUUCAUUUACCUGCUGUUUGGUUGUCCCCAAUUCCCAAUCUGGACAGAAUGCGUUUUGUUUGAAUCACAAAAGAGAGAUAGGAAGAAGAAUGUUCUUGUGUCAUUUGUGAUUUGGAGUGGAGAAGGUAGGAAAAUGCUAAUAAUGUAGUCCAAACACACCCUUAGGAGAAACCACUUGCAUUUAUAGAAAUCCAAUCCUAUAUAGUGGCAUGUUUGGAUGUAACCAUAGACGCGAGCAGAAGCACUGAUUCCCAUCUAAGCAUAUCAUGAGACACUAGAGAUUCAGGUUCGAAAUCAAAUAUCGGAUUUUGGGGGCGCACCAAACACGUUGCUGAUGGAAAUCUAUUUGUUUCAUUUGUAAUACUAAAGUCUGUUCAGUGGCCAAGAACACUCAAAAUGGUGUGAUUUUCCGCAUAUGCCCUAUCCAUGGCAAGACCCAGCAGAUGAAAGGUCUGGGCCUUGUACAUGUAUACCACUUGUAUUGAUAUCUAAUGCUUGAUAACUAAUUCAGAUGAUGUUAGUAGCA